GCACUCUAUAAAUAAGGGGUUAUGGUCCCUAGUUGUACACGCCAUUCUGUCUUUCUGCAUCCCAUCGCUAGAGAGAUAAUCCCGAGGGUGUGUAUCAACUAGAAGACACAAACCCUAGCCUCCAUCUCCCGGAUCUCUAAAGGCCAUCUCCCAUGGAGUCAGUCAACAAUUCUGCUGCUACAAUAUCUGCUAAUAUUAAUAGCAUCCCAGUGCUUAACGGCACGAAUUUUAAGGAAUGGAAAGAGAAUGUUAUGAUCGUUCUCGGUUGCAUGGAUCUAGACCUUGCACUUCGGACUGAGAAACCCGCCGCUCUUAAGGACACAUCUACCCUCGAUGAAAAGAGGGAGAUGGAGAGGUGGGAACGCUCAAACCGCAUGAAUCUAAUGAUCAUGAAACGUGCAAUUCCAGAAUCAUUCAGGGGCACAAUGUCUGAUGAGGCCGAUGCCAAAUCAUUCCUUGCCGAACUUGAAAAGCGUUUUGCUAAAAACGAAAAGGCGGAAACUAGUACUCUUUUGAGCACUCUUGUUUCCAUGAAGUAUAAAGGCAAAGGGAACAUAAGGGAGUACAUUUUGGAAAUGUCUCAUAUUGCUUCAAAACUAAGUGCACUAAAGCUUGUUUUACCUGAGGAAUUGCUUGUGUAUUUAGUUUUGAUCUCUCUUCCUUCUCAAUUUAAUCAAUUUAAAGUCAGUUACAACUGCAUUAAGGAGAAAUGGUCUCUCAAUGAGCUCAUUUCUCAUUGUGUUCAAGAGGAAGAGAGAAUAAAGCAAGAUAAGACAGAAAGUGCUCAUUUGGCAUCUACCUCUAAGGGCAGCAAUAAAAGAAAAAUUAAGGAAGCUGCAAAUUCGGGGCCUCCCAGGAAGCAUCACAAGGAAACUAAGGAAGAAACUAAGGAAUCUGGAUGCUUCUUUUGCAAAGGGACUAAUCACAAGAAAAAGAACUGCACUAAGUACCAUGCUUGGCGUGCGAAAAAGGGUAUGUCUCUUGCUCUUGUUUGUUCUCAGGUUAAUUUAAUUUUGGUACCAAAAGACACUUGGUGGGUAGAUUCCGGUGCUACUACUCACAUAAGUGUAUCUAUGCAGGGUUGCCUGAGCUGCCGAAAACCAAUUGAUGGUGAAAGAUACAUCUAUGUCGGUGAUGGCAAGCGGGUUGAAGUUGAGGCUAUCGGUGUUUUUAGAUUAUUAUUAAAGACUGGUUUUUAUUUGGAUUUGAAAGAGACAUUUGUUGUGCCGUCAUUUAGGCGGAAUUUAAUUUCUAUUUCUGCAUUGGACAAAUUUGGUUAUUCUUGUUCAUUUGGAAAUAGUCAGUUCAGUCUAUUUCAAGAUUCAAAACUUAUUGGUACU